AUGUUAUUCUUUUCCUCGACCAUCGAAUCGACUAUCGACGGUGAACCAGAUACGAUGCCCCUCUCUUCUCAAGAUCCUGGCUCAUCAUCAGUGCAAGAGUGUCUGGACUGGGUUAGCUCUUCAGCCAACGCCCUCCGCGCGAGAAUAUCCGUGUUCUGCCAAUUUGACGAAGUCGAGCCUUCCGACGCAAUCAGCCCCAUCGAUAAAUAUGCAGAUGAUUUACCUCCUGUUGUCGAUCCUUUAGAGACAUUACGGUCGAUGGGUUUGCCUUCGGAACUCGCUGAUCCCGCCGCCCGAUGUUAUAUAGAAGCCGCUUGCAAGUUUCGAGAGCAAGUAAACGCGAUCAUCAAUGACAUUAGAAGAGAGCGAUUUGCAAGAGAGCGACUCGUCUACAUUGAAGGCCUACUUUCUUUAUCCUCAUUUGUGCAACAAUGUGUCGAGAUAUAUCAGGGCAUCUAUCGGCGAAAGCUGCUGGACAUGCAAGACAUCCUGAUGAAGCGGGUGACACACUGGUUGGAGUCACAGACGACCGCCACGCGUGGAAUCACCGAGACGGCUGUUCGCAUCCUUGAAGUAGCCUACGGCUGUCGUCAGAACAAUUUAAACGCCGCCGAGAAAGCAUUUCUUGCACAAAAAACUGGACUCACAGAACGGCAAGUUCUUGUAUGGUUCCAAAACAGACGACAGCGGGGUCGAUCUCAUACUCUAGCAGCCCGCUCAGUCUCGAAGAAGAGGCGAACAUCAAAGACGAACGACAAGCAUGUCGAUCAGACAGAAUAUAACACUUCCCUCAAUUGGAAUGACUAUGAUGACUGUGACAUGUCACAGCCAUUGACCAGCUCAUAUGGCGAGCUGUCGUCGCCAAAUGAGGAUAUCCAAUCUGGCGCCCACACGAGCACGACGCCUUCUUUAGCCGCUUCCCGAACGUCCUUGGGCUCUGAUAGUUCCUUCUCUGAUGACGUCGACCUCAAUUUGGUUGCUACUGGCCCUCUUAUUGACGAAGACGAGCCUAUGUUCGACGAUUCGGACUAUGCGCCCCGAAAUCUAGUCGCGCCCUCUUUUGGACCCGAUGUCUGGCGAGCGUCAGCGAGCGAACCGCAAAUGCUUCUGCCAUUAUUCGGCGGAUCCUGUCCAACUCGUCCAGAUAUGCCCAUGCACGCAUUCAGCGAGUAUCUUGAUAACGCUUUCAAUGGUGACCCUGAAUCUGUCGAGCCUAAUGGUUUCGAUCAAUUGUUUCGCGACUUCAUGCAAGGGAAUGCUGCCACCCAAUCGGCUGUACCGCUUGAUGAAUCGAUGGACGAAGAGAUGCUUCCUAUGCAGGAUAUUGACAACGACCAAGCCGACCUCGCUUUCUUCAGCACGUUGUUUGGGCCGUCCAAUCAAACCCAAGGCGAUGCUACUGCGAACGAUCUUCCGAAUUUAUCGGACAAUGCACUCUGUUUGCUGCAAGAGGAUUUCUCGGUGCCUCUAUCAAGUAACCAAGGCUCGACCCGAGAUGUUACGCCCUUGUCAACACAUUCUCAUGUCUCACCUCUCCCUGGGACUCCGAUAGACACAUCACAAGCACUAUUCACCAUCGCCGAUAUCGAACGCUUUCAUGCUGGAAGUUUCUCAGUCAAUCUCGUCAUCGUCGUCGUCCCCGGCCAACCUGGUCAGCCCACUCGCACCCUACCCGAGUCUACUCGAUACACAGAAGGAAUCAACCACGUCACUUAA